AUGCAGAGCUCCUGUCUGUGGAUGGGGCUGCUCCUCUUGCUGCUGGCCGCGGCCCAGGGCCAGGGCCAAGGCCAGACCCACAGCAGCGGGGAGCACUUCGAGGACGCCGACAAGUCCAGCGAGUACACGGACCAGCAGUUCGAUCUGCGGCACACGAUACCCGGCGAGCCCGGUCUGGACUACCCCAUCCUCAGUGCCCCGCCCAAGACGAGCUUCGUGUGCAAGGGCCGCCAUGAAGGCUACUAUGCUGACGUGGAGAGUCGCUGCCAGGCGUUCCGCAUCUGCGCCCACACAGCGAGAUCCCCCCAGGGCUUCGGCUUCCUCUGUCCCAACGGAACCCUCUUCAGCCAGAAGAACUUCGUGUGCGACUGGUACCGUAACGUGAACUGCGACGACUCGGAGCGGUACUAUGACAUGAACGCGGCGAAUACCGUGGGAAGUACCCACGAAAUGAUGGAGCGCGUCCGCCACAUGAUGGAGUACCCCAUGAAGACCAUAACGAAGGCCCUGCAACAGGCCCAGACACAUUCGCAGAGUUCUCCGCAACAGCAGCAGCACCAUCACCAGCACCAGAGCCUGAGCAAGGAUCUGAGCAGCGUCAGUGGAGUACUCACCUAUCCGGCGGAGGCCGAAGAACCACAAAUUGCUGCAGGACGGGGCGAGGACAUUAAAAGUGAGCCUCUUAAUGCAGCAAGGCUAGAGACCAUCUCUACCUCCGUCUCUUCUGACGAUGACGGCGAGGGCAUCUAUGUGAACAGCCUGGGGGAGCUCUCCUCGGAUCCGGGCAUCCAGUUCGACCACACCAAUGCCCACAUCGUGGCCGAGUACCCGCGUGAGUAUCACUACCAGAAGCAAAAGAACUUUGCGGAGCGGGUUAAUGCGGGACUGGAGGUCUUGGCCGACACAGAGUCGACCUCGAGCGAGGUCCUUGCCCCUGACUACAUGAAGCACAUACGGAGCAACAAGGACGAGGCCACACAAGUGGAUCUGGUCUCCAACAUCAAUAACCUCCUGGACGAGGUCUCCUCCGAUGCAGAUCCCUCCGUUUCCGGCUACCAGUCAAUGGCUCCGCACAAGAUCAAGCAGCCCUUCCGGUUCCUCAGUCGCGGAUUCGCCAUGCACGGAGAUGGCUCCAAGGGUAGCUCCUCGGCAUACGUUUACAACAAACCCAAACAGACGCCGGGCACAGUGAGAUUUACGCCCAAUGAGAUACCCACCGAAGAUCUCAAAUCCACUGAGCACAAGCACAAGUUUGCCAAAAUCGCCAGCACCACCCCAUCGACAACGGAAGAGAGUCCAGCUCUGCUUAUAGCCCCCACCCUGCCCACAGCGGAGGAGGCAGAAGAAGUGGAGCAAGCUGAGACCACCACAUUGGCAGCAGAAACCGCUUCAAGCACUGUUGCUGUGCCACCCUUCCUGCUGGAACCCCCAAUCCUGACUCCUGCACUCGCCAUCGAAUCCCUGGGCCAGGCAGCCGCCCUGACCGCCAGCCCGCCCCUCAGUGAUGACCUGGUCCAGGUCGAGGAAAGUCCCGAGGCCGCCGAGAAGUCGAGCGUCCAUCAGGAGGCCGCCAAGCUGCUGCUGGCUGGUGUGCAACUGACGUCCCACGACGAGAAGACGCAGGUCCUCAACACAAUUGAGUUGGCAGAGAGCAGCCCCUCCACAACUAGUACCUCAACCAGCACCACUCCCGUAAUGAUCACCUCCACGGAAACGGUCACAGAGAUCAGCAGCACCCAGGAGCGGAUUCGCGGCUACCGGCGCUACGCCCAGAAUCGCGGUAAUUCCACUUUGAGACGCGCCAACGUUCGUCCGCUGCCGGUGGUGCGCAGCACGACCAGCACAACGACACAACGAACCACCAAUAUGCCCACCCGCAGCUACCUGGAACGUCUGGCAGCAAGCCGCUUGCGUCUGUCCCGUCUGUCGUUGGCCACGAGGAGUACAACCAAGGCCCCGACCACCCAGGCGCCGGCCACCACAGAAGCAACCACUACCACAGCUUCCUCCCUGUCCUAUGUGCGGGGUGGGGCCGAGCAGGGGCCGAGCAAAAAGCUAUCGGCGCGCCACAUUGAUCGGGAAACGAAGGUCGAGACCGGGAAGGCCAGCUGGGAGAGUGUCCACAGCAAUCUGCAGAGGUUCCAAGUGCAGCGCGGGAAUCGCAUCUACACGCCAGCAACACGAGCCUCCAGCAGCAUCAGCAGCAGCACCACCAGUACCAGCGCCACAUCCACGACCAGCAGCUAUCCCAGACCCACAGCAGCGGCAUCGGUGAAUCGCGGAAAGAAUCGCUAUUCGAACUUCAAGACGCAGGCUCCAGUCACGCGAACUCGGGCUCCAACCACCGCGCGAGUCUACACCACACCCAGAACCACCUCCUCUCCUGCCCUGUCCACCCUGACGCAGCAAAUCUCCGCCAUAGCCUCGGGCUACGGUUACAGCCAGGCACCACUCAACCCACCGCAGACCCAAAAACACACCCCACACGUAUACGCCACACAAACAGUCAGCGACAUUGCACCUCCCUCCUCUCAAUCCAUCACUUCGAGCCUUUCUCCCUCCUCUGGCUUCCUUUCCUUCGAUAAGCUAACGCGCGCCAUUGUUGACGAAUCCGUCUUACAGAACUUCAAGAGUGUCCAGGCCAAGGGUCCGGCCCAGUUCCAGCAGCACCGUCCACUGACCAAGACCAGCUCUAUUGGCAGCAGGAGUAGCAGCGGCAGCGGCAGAAACAGCAUUGGCUACAGCAAGCCACCCACAGCACCAGCCAUAUCCAGUCUCACAGUACCGCCACGCCCGUCGCAGCUGCCACAGCCUGCCUUGCCCACCCAACCCGGAAUUGUGAUUGUCCGCGCUGAGGGACAACGGAUUGCUCCGAACUCCGCCAGCAACAUCAUCGCCUCCCUGGCCACCCAAGCGCCACCCAAAGCCUCUCAGGGCAACUCGUACGUCUCGCUAAACGACUUCUUCAGCAGCAAGUUCGGACAGGGCAACGCCAACAGUGUUGCAGGCGCCACAACGCUGCAACAGCAGCAACAGGCACAGGUGCAGAGACAGCCUGCACAGCAGCAGCAUUAUGGGCAACAGCAAUUGCAGCAGGUGCAACAUCAUCAUGUGCAAGUGCAACAGCAGGUACAGCGUCAGCAGCAGCCUCAGCAGCAAUCAAACUACAUAACGCAGCAGCAGUACCAACAGCCCUCGCAAAACAUUUACCAGCCAAACAUCUACCAGCAACAGCCACAUUCGUAUCAGCAGCAACAGCAGCAGCAUAAUCCCUUCCAGCAACAGCAGCAGCAGCAGCAACAGUUCCACCAGCAGGCUCGUCCGUCGAUACAGACUAAUCAGCAGCCCUACCUGACGCCCAACAUCUUCGUGCCGUACCAACAGCAACAGCAGCAGCUGCCACAGUUCCCUCCCCUGGCCCCGCCGGCACCUGUGACAGCCACUGGCUCAGUGCAGGGAUCCUUCAUCGGUGGACGUCAUGUGGAUCACCUGAAUGUUCAGCUGCCUACGCUGGCCAAUGGCUUGAUUCCGGGACUGCAGCUUGCCCAGAAGCGCAGUGACGUGUCGGCCCAUAAGCUGCAGCUGACGGACACCGGCGGCAGGCACACAGCCAGCUCGGGAUCGGGCAAGAGCAGGGAGCGGUCCUUCUACUCCGGACGCACCUCCUACCAGGUGCCCCAGAGCAGCGUGGGUCGGCUGCCCAACGACAUAACGCAGCAGCUGCGCGGACGCCACCGACGCUACUGA